AUGAAGUUUGGACGCAAUCUGCCCCAGUUCACCGUUCCGGAGUGGAGCGCCUCCUACAUCAAGUACAAAGCAUUGAAGAAGCUCAUUAAGUCUGCCGCGGAGCAGGUGAAAGCAGGACAAGAGGCGGACUUGGCUGGUUUCUUCUAUUCUCUCGACCGAAAUGUCGAAGAUGUCGAUUACUUCUACAACAAGAAAUAUGCCGAAUAUGCACGUCGAUUGAAACUGCUGGAGGAACGUUACGGGUAUUCCAUGGAAGGUGUCCAUCCAUUGGAGCCCGAGGAUCGACAUGACCUCCGCGAGGCCCUUCUGGACCUUCGCUACCACCUACGCCGCUUACAAUGGUACGGAGAAGUCAACCGCCGUGGAUUCGUUAAGAUCACCAAGAAGCUGGACAAAAAGGUGGGGGCACAGGCACAGAAGCGGUACUUGGAGACCAAGGUUGAUCCGACCCCAUUUGCCUCGAACGCACGUGCGAUCAAGUCACAGGAGCGUAUCAAUGCUUGGAUGGCUGUUAUUACCGACCAGUCGAAGGCGGAGGAGAAACUGGCUGAUGAUGCAAGCUCGACACAUUCGGCUCUUUCGCUGAAGCGCGGUGCUACUCGGCCUUAUCUCAACCUUCCUUCCAGUGUGCUCACCGCAGUUGAUGAUGCCUUGAGGAAUGACGAUAAUCAUAUGAUGUUGGAAUUGCUUGAGACUCUGAGAGCCGCGGCCGAUGAUGCCGGUGAGGGAAUUUACCUCAGGGUCCUCAAGACUCUGAUCCAGCGCGCCAUUUUGCACCGCUCGCGGACUUGCUUGAGUGAGCUUGUUAAACGAGUUGAUAGCCUGGAGGAGGACGAUGAUAUCAAUCGCCGUAACUGCCUCCAUCGCCUCGUCAUCUCUAUUGGCCGGGAACAGCCUACCAACGAUUCCGAGCCGGCUGCAUCAAUGGUGCUGGACUUCCCUCCGGAAACUUCGCGUUUCAUUACCCCGGCGGCUCCACCCACUUUGCAGCCCCCGCGUUCCAUAGUGAAGGAGGAGCAUAUGCCCCAGCAGCUAGGCCGGGAUGACUCGGCUGUGGCUAUCCUGCAAUAUUUGCUGGAUGAGCUUCACCCGAACCAGCGUGAGGCGCUGAUGGCAAAGGAUCUCUCCGGCCGCACUCCCUUGCAUUAUGCGGCGCAGUAUGGUUUCAAGGUUGUCUGUGAAGUGAUCAUUGAACACCUCAAAGCGUGGGAAAUGUUUGAUGUGAGCGAAGGGAUCGAUGGAACUCUCUGGCAAGACAAUGAUGGAUGGGCACCAUUGCAUCUCAGUGUCGUCGGUGGUCAUCCUAAGACCACUCGGUGUCUCCUAGAAGCGGAGAAUAACCAGGAUCUCGAUGCUGGCAAGGAUCAGAUUCGCAAACAGAUCUCCAAGUCCAGUGCGGUGUUGGCUCUAGCAACCAAGGCCAAUUUUGUGGAUAUUGUCCGGCUUUUGGUUGAUGCCGGUGUUGAUAUCAACUACCAAGAUGAGCAGGGCGAGACUGCAUUGCAUGUCGCGGCCCGCUUUGGACACGACGAGUGUGCUCGUAUCCUGCUGGAAGGCACUGACUUCCAAAAGGCGAACACAGAGCUGGCGGAGAACACCUAUGCCUGGACUCCCCUGUUCAUCGCAUGCGUUGACGGUAAUCUGAAUGUGGCCAAGCUUCUUAUCGAGGCUGGGGCGGAUUUGGAGCGGUUUGACUCGUCUGGAUGGACUGCAAAGGAACAUGCCGCGCUGCGUGGACACCUGGAUAUCGCACGGUGUUUAGCUGAAGUGAGCCCUGGUCCUCCCGCAGUUGAGACUGUCCCUCCUGUCCCUUCAUACAGUCCAGCUCCGUCAUCGUCAUCAUCUUCUCCGCCUGCCCAGUGGUCUAUGGCUGAUCGUCGUUCGAAUACCCCAGGACCUACCUCGGGAAGUUCUGGACAACGGAACACUGAGCCUAUUAAGACAUUUGGACAUCGGUAUCUCACAGAUGAGACUAUGAUCCUGGUCAGUCUUGGAACCAUGGACAUGCGCAAGCCCUUGGAGACGGUUAACCUGGACCGCAUCCCCAUGGAGAACGCGCAUGCAACUCAGCUGGAUACCGCUCUGUCUCUUGUUGUCACCGCCAGCGGUGCGCAUGGAGAGCCGGAGGUGAUCGAUCUUCCUGUUCAGGAUAACAUCUCCACAGAGCCAAUUGUCUUCCACACGACUGAUCCUAGCAAAGUCCGUCUGCUUUUUGAUCUUGUUCCAACUUAUGCGGGCUCCAAGGAUCAGAUUGUCGGCCGUGGUGUUGCGCUUCUCUCUAGCAUCAAGCCUACGGUGGGAUCUCAGCGUAUCAACCUGAAGGGUGACUCUACUGUCCCCAUCGUUGCUGCGAAUACCCUGGACGUCAUUGGAUCUGUCACUUUCAAUUUUCUUGUCAUUACCCCCUUCAAGCACCCUAAAAUGUCAAUCACUGGGAAUCAGACCUACUGGCGGUCCAUGAGUUCCACUAUGGUAAUUGGUCAUCGUGGUCUCGGUAAAAACAUGGCUAGUCGCAAAUCUCUGCAACUGGGCGAGAAUACUAUUCAGUCAUUCAUUGCCGCUGCUAAUUUGGGUGCUUCUUACGUUGAGUUUGAUGUGCAGCUGACCAAAGAUCAUGUUCCUGUCAUUUACCACGAUUUCCUAGUCAGCGAGACGGGAAUUGAUGCCCCUGUACACACCUUGACCCUCGAUCAAUUCUUGCAAUUGGGCAAGGGACGUCACCGAAGUGUUCUACCCGAUGGCGUGGAUCUCCACGGGGACGCAGGUCUUGUUCCCCGUCAGCGUUCCAUGUCCGUCGGUGGGUCUGAGUACGAUCCCGCCGAGCUGACUGAGAAGAUCAAGCAUACUCGUGACUUCAAAAAGAAGGGAUUCAAGGGUAACACGCGUGGAGAGCACAUUCAAGCCCCAUUCGCUACACUCGAAGAGCUUUUCAAGAAGAUUCCAACACCCGUUGGAUUUAAUAUCGAACUCAAGUACCCCAUGCUCCAUGAGAGCGAGGAAGAAGAGAUGGAUACGUACGCCGUUGAGUUGAACUCCUUCGUGGACACGGUUCUCACAAAGGUCUAUGACCUAGGCCGUGGUCGUGAUGUGCUCUUCUCCAGCUUCAACCCUGAUAUCUGUCUCUUGCUCUCCUUCAAGCAGCCAUCGAUCCCUGUGCUCUUCCUGACUGAUGCUGGUGCUUCUCCUGUUGGUGAUAUCCGGGCUAGCAGUCUUCAAGAGGCGGUUCGAUUCGCUUCGAGAUGGAACCUCCUAGGCAUUGUCAGCCAAGCCGAACCACUUGUUUUGUGCCCUCGUCUGGUGCGCAUUGUCAAAGAAUCCGGUCUUGUAUGUGUGUCCUACGGAGCUCUUAACAAUGAUGGUGCUAGUGUUGACUACCAAGUUGCUGAAGGUAUCGAUGCAGUCAUCGUCGACUCUGUUCUUGGUAUCACCAACGGUCUAAUUCAGCGCCAAAACAAGGGCGAGCGUACCCCUGGUCCUUCGCCCAACCCCCUUCCUGUUGGUGACCAGGCAGCCGACUCGGCCAGAGGCGCUAUUCGAGUACCCAUUUUGGAAAACACGAAAAUCGUCUCCGGUCUGGGUCUGAACGGAAAUUAG